CUACAACAAUCACACGUCUCUCUAUCUCUAUCUCUCCCCAACCAUUAUUAAUAAUUUCCUUAAUUUACAUCUUCUCUCAUUAAUCAUUCUACCAUCUUCUUUGAUGUUAACAACAUGACUCUCAAGGGAGGCACCAGCCAAGCUUGUGCUUCGUGCAAGUAUCAAAGGAGAAAGUGCUCCUCUGAGUGUCCUCUAGCACCUUACUUCCCUUCUGAACAACCAAAGAUGUUCCAAAAUGCUCAUAAGUUGUUUGGUGUACGCAAGAUUCUCAGGAUACUUGAGAAUCUUGAUUAUCUCCAGAAGGAGGAAGCCAUGCGUUCUAUUAUUUACCAAUCCAAUAUUCGUGACAGGUUUCCUGUUCAUGGCUGUUUGGGCAUCAUCUAUCAACUGCAUUUCCAGAUUCGGCAGGCGGAAGAAGAGCUCCGUGCUGUCUACGCACACCUUGAGAUGUACAGGCAGCAUCACCACCAUCAGAUUGCAGCUUUGACAGAGGAUGUUCCCUCGCAAUUAGAAUUAGGAAUGGCACUUCCUCAGCCUUGCUUGGCACAACAGUACUCCUACUCUAUUAGCAGUAAUAUUGGUUACAGCUCUGGUUACUUGGAUUCUAAUGAUAAUGUUGGGAAUCAGCUUUGGAGUCAACAUCCUUAUGCUACUAACAGUAACACCAAUUACACGCCAAUUAUUCAGUCUCAGCUAGAUGCUUCUCAGCCACUAUCUACCCAACAAGAAAUUGUUCAAGAUUAUGAUGAGAUGCAUUCAUUUUUUGAUACUAUUGACGAUAGGCAAUCAUAUAUAGAAACUAAAGAACCCUAUGAGUCCAGCUCAGAAGAAUCGUUGAAGGACACUACACAAUCCAUGGAGCAUGUUGCAGAGAAUGAAUUGAAGAGUGCUGCUGCAUGUUUCAGUCUUACCAGUGUCAACUGACGACAGAUCCCAUAAUCUCUUUCAGUGAAUCAAUAUAUAUUAUGAAGGUUGUUGUGGUUGCAGGGCAAGUGCAUGGCCAGUUCGAGAAUUCAGGAUUAUGGUAGAUGGAUAAUAAAGUGGUCGCUUUGAGUGAAGAUGUUAUGGUGUAAAGUUCCAUGAAACAGAUUCAAAAAGACGAGCAAAAGCAAACUUAAUUAGUGUUCAUCAAAUGGGGAGUAGGAACAGGAUGAGAAAAUACCAUGGAUGGGAUGGGCAUUUGCGAUAUAGCCAAUGAAAACGAGCAGCUCCUUUCUUCUCGCAGUCAUCACAGAGUAUAACCUGCAAUCGCAAUCACAAUCCAUCGAAGUGAAUCUUUCAUAACAUUGAGCAAGAACAGUGGGGGAAAGAGCACUAUAAACCUGAGUUUGUCCAGAAUAUUCAUCUGGGAUUUUCUCUUCAGCCAAUAAUGCGUCCAACAUCUGAAAGCACACCUGAAAGAUAUUCCAACAAUUUAGCCAAGGAAACAAGGAAAGACGUUCUUUACUAUAUGUUUUGAGAUCAUAUAUGUUCCAUGUAAAAGGAAGAUCAAAAUGCGGAUAGAUCCAAACUUUUAGUAACUUUGGGGAGAUGUGUUAUGAGAAUUAUGAUGGCAUUACCUUACAAUCUAAGUCUAUAAUUAUGACACAGUACUGCAAUGAAAUUCUGAUAGACUCUGAAAUC